AGGUAGGAUCUUCUGCUACCUUAACCAUUACACUGGUUAAGAUUAUUUUUUAGCAUUUUUAACGUUUCUUAAAGAAGAGAAGAUGGAGGCUACAGAAAGGGAAAACACAGAGGACAUUGAGUCUCUCAUGGAGGACAUGGACUACAUCCCUGGCCACUUCCACCUGGAUCUAAAUCUUAACUGUGAUCCUACUGGGCCAGUGAAGCUGAGACAUCGGGACACUUAUUUAAGACAGGAAAGCCUGCGAGCUGACCUGGAAGCAGAAGUUGGGUAUUUGCAAUAUGCUGUGCGAAAUCUGUUGGGCCUGCUGGCUUUUAACCUGGAACAGCUGGACACUGCUGAGGAAGUAUUCAGGAGCAUUUGCAAAGAGGACCCUGGGAAUCUGAAUGCCUGGGCCAACCUGGGCUACGUGUACGACAAGCUGGGAAGAGAACUGGAUGCAGGGGAGUGUGUGGACAAAGUGUCCAACCUCAUGGGCGUGGAUGGCAGUGAGGCCUCUCAGGAUGAGAUCAGGAUUCUGGCUGCACGCUGCCUGGUCGAGCAGGCCUACGUCUUUCCAUACGAUGUAGAGCUGGACAGCGACGACGACUUGAGAGAGCGACUGAACACUGCACUGUCUUUUUACAACAGAGCCCUGCAUUAUGGGGGUGACCUGAUACCAAUAGAGGAAAAACGAAGCUGGUAUUUUAAAAUGGCAACAAUCUACAUAAGGCUGGACAACAUAGUAAAGACCAAAGAGGAUUCUGAGUACUCCAGACUUUCACACUACAAUAAAGGACUCAAAUUUCUGAAAGAAACACUGGAAUCUGAGAAAACACAGCACAAAGCUCUAGCUUGGUGUUAUGUCGGCAUCAUGUUAGAAAGGAAGAAGGAGUUUUCCCCUGUGCCCAUGUCCAUACACGACUGCGGUUUCUCGGCUUCAGAUCCUCUGUCCUGUUAUGGAACUGCUAUAAAUAUGGCCAGUGAUGAUGCAUUCAUCCUGAACCUUCUGGCCAGAGUCUUCUCUCUGCUGGGUAAACAUGACAUGGCUACAGGGAUCUGCAAUAUGGCCCUAAAUGUGCUGCCAGAUCCAGAACUCAACUGGCAGGCUUACUGCACCCGUGCCAAGAUCAAUAUAAUCCUGUACAUGAGGGACCUCGAGAAGGCAAAGCUUGGUGAUGGUGGAAUCCCAGACCGACAGAAGCUAAUUGAUGCUAGAAAAGACUUAGACAAAGUGCUUGGUGUACGCCCCUGUCUUCGAACACAUUUGGAGAUGGCACAGGUAUACUACUACAUGGGUGUAGAUGCACUCCAGGAGAGCCUUUUGGUGGAUGAGAGUGCAAUAAACUGUGCCCUGGUGAGUUUGUCCCACGCUCUGAAGUUUGAGCUGGGAGACUGCUUACCCGACCUUCAUGUGCUCAGAGGACGCUGCCUCCUUGUGAAAGGUGAGGAGCAGAAUGCCGUAGACUGCUUCAAAAAAGCUCUGGAGUUAGAGAAACGAGGGAGCAGAGACACCACAGCCCUGCGCUGCCUCUUACAGGCUCUCCUGACUCUGUUCAUGCAGGGAGACCCUGACCCUGGCAUUGUCAUCACUCAGCUGGAAAUGUGGGUGCUCAAGGCAGAGGAGCGGUACUCUCAGGACAUAGUGAAGGCUGAGCUGAGGUGCCUUUACAGUACACACAUGGCAGAGGUUACAGAGUUAUCCAGGGUUCUGAUCAGGACAGGACGCCUGGACCUAGUGAGGAGGCUGCUGGAUACAGUGGUGCCUAAACAGCUGGCUAAAAAGAGACCACUGGUCUUUAGGUCGGUCUCAUUAACAUGAAGCAAAGAUAUGGCUUGAACAGUUAUUAAAGAAUGACUUAACAUCAUUUCAUGUAUUUAAAUAAACAACUCUUACUAAGCGCUGUCUAUACAGCAUUUACAGGAUGUUUUCUCCAAACUGUGAUUAAUCUAUCGUUCUGUUUUUUUUAAAAAGAUGAGACCUGUAAAGUAUCGUAUUUUUUCGAGUGAUUCGCAAACUGAAUAGUUUUACAUCUUAAGCAGUCUUACUGCUAUUUGAGUAGCUAUUGCAAAACCCACACACUGUCCCACUACCUCUCACUUAGUAGAUGUUUUACCACUAAUGACCUGCAGAUGGGGGUAUAUACCAUAAGAUUGUUGUACCAAAAACAGAUUUGGCAACAAUGUAUCCUUUGUAUGUAUCCAGUGUAGCCUUUGAGAAUUGUGAUGUAAGUGUUUAUAAGACAUUUAAAAUUGCAUUUAAUAAAAUGAUUACUUUUGGAACACUUAAUACACCAGCUCUUGCAGAUGUGGAAUCUCAAUCCUGAGUAACACUUUUGCAAGAUUUUGGACCACUGCGUAAAGCAAAGUUCUUCACCCCUACAAAAAAAGGCUCAUGAAAAAAACAGAAGUGUUUGUAACACCAAGAAGGCUCAAGAGGCUGCAGGAGAGACGCUCCAAGUUUAAGCAAAUGUUAAAAGAAUGAUACUGACAGAGGUUUGAGGGGGCGCAAGCAUUCAGUUGACACAGUAAUUGUUGAUAUUUUCCUUAAUAUAAAUACAUGUCUAUUAAUUUGUAGUUAAAUUAAUAGGUUAUGAUGACAUAUACAUAACACAAAGCAAACCUGUUGCUUUAUUCUGCUGCAGUUUGAAGGAUAAAAUCACAAAGAAAUGUAUGUUGGGACUCUGUAGGACCGUUAAGGAAAGUACAGCUGGCUUAAGGUUUUUUUUUUUUCCCAAUGUUUGAAAAGUACAUUUCUAAAUUAGGGGUGUAACCUUCUGUACUUAAAAAUACUUACAGGCAGAUACAGUAAGAGUCUGGAAAGAAGAUUAUUGGAAAGAUUAUUUUUGCCAAAGUUGUUUUUUUGUUUUUUUUUAAAAAGAUACAAAUUGGUAAAAUCUUUAUAUAUGUUUUUUUUCUUUUUUGUCUUGCCAAAGAUAUCAAAAUGAGUCCAGUGUGAAGGUGAGUGGUUGUAUGUAUUUGCAAAAGCAGCUGAAGCAGUCUCCACCUUUCUGUGGAAGCCAAAAUGGAUUUUCAUUCCAUUGUUAUUCAAAUAUGUUCACGUAACCUUGAGUUUGUCGUGACGCAUUUCAGACGUCUCUACUGACUUCACUGCCACUACACUGGGGACUCAUGAGAACUUGUUUACAGAAUUUUAUGUUUUCCAUAUAACAGGAUGCUCAGGAUGGAUUUCAUUCAAAAGUAUAAAACAAUUCAGUCCCCGUUGGAAAAUCACAUUGUAAAUUUUUACAUAAAAGGAAAAAUGCUUUUAUUAAGUUCAUUUGACAACUUCUUUUGUUGAGCGCCGGUGCAGAAAGACAGAAGCUUACAUGAAGGACAAAAACAACCUGAAAAAAAGUUACAGAACUGCACAAAGAUUUCAAAAUGUUAUUAAUCUUUUAGUUCUAUCAAAUCAUAAACAAGAAGACUGAA